AUGGCCGACCUAUCUCAACAUACGAAUUACACCGCAGCUUACUCUGGCCUCCUUGACAAUUUCUACCUUACAUUAGCAAUAGCCGGGGCGUGUCUUGUGGGCUAUGAGAUAGAAGUUCAUAUUCCCAGAAGGCGAGGCAGAGAAGGACGGUUUCAGAGGAUCCCCACUAGGCUGAUCAAUGCUGCACAGAGGGCUUGGAAUUCAUGGACGAGCCGCAACGGUAAUGAUCACCAAAGGAAAGAAGGUCGUGCGAGUAGCGAAGGUCUGGUGAGAGACGAAAGUGAAGAAGGCAAAGCGAGAAAUAGAUUGGGACCCAGAGAAGGGUGGGAGUUUGGAUAUAUUUUUCAACCCAAAGCAUGGGCAGUGUAA